AACCGCAAAGAAAUAUUUACCUCCCAACUGAACGAAGAAAAACAUUACUCCCUCUCAUUGCCAAAACCCUACUCCCCCCUUUCAAUCAAAAUCUUCCACACCAUCUCUCUCUCUCUCUCUGUUUCUCUCUCUAAGAAAUGGCCCUGAGAUCCCUUGAUAACGCUCUACCCAUAACACCAGAAAGGCCCAAAAAGCAAUCAAAAGUUGCAAUUUCAAUCCAAAAACAAUCUGAUCCCGCUGUAAAUGACGAAAAUAGGGCUCCAUUGCCGCCGCCACCAACUGCAGAUGCAUCCAUUGAUUACAUCUCCUCUGAGAACCUCAAACCCUUACCUGAUCCAGAAAUCAAGAUCCAAAGCCUAGUUGAAGCUUUAGAAUCAAAGGAUUGGUUGAUGAUAUGUGAGUCACUGAACAAUGCUAGGCGCUUUGCACUCUAUCACUCCACUCUCUUGCUCCCCAAUUUGGAAAAAGUUGUGUUGAUUCUGGUGAAGUCAAUGAAGAAUCCAAGAAGUGCUCUGUGCAAGACCUCUAUCAUGGCUUCAUAUGAUUUCUUCAAUGCCUUUGGUGACAAAUUGGUAGAGUCCACCUCUGAUGCAUUUGACCACUUGCUGGUGCAGCUGCUGCUGAAAGCUUCACAGGAUAAGAAGUUUGUGUGUGAAGAAGCAGACAGAGCACUGAAGGCCAUGGUUGGGUCCAUCGCGCCUCUCCCUUUGCUCCAUAAGCUCCGGGCGCAUGUUAGCCACGCCAACCCCAGAAUCAGGGCCAAAGCUGCUGUCUCCAUCUCACACUGUGUCUCUCAUAUGGGGACAGAAGGAAUGAAAGAAUUUGGGUUGGCUUCAUUGAUCCAAAUGGCUGCGGAUUCGUUAAGCGACAGGCUGCCGGAAGCAAGAGAAGCAGCUCGAAGUAUCGUGAUACGAAUGUAUGAAUCCGUCACUGAAAAUGAAGAGAAGCAGGACUCAUGGCAGAGCUUUUGCCAGACUAAUUUGCCAGCUAUUCACGCACAAGCUAUGCUUAAAAUUGCCCCUUCUUCAUAGAGGUUGACUGGUAGCAGAAUGAAUUUUAAUAGCUUUUCGGUUCAUGUAAAUGUUGCCAUUUUACAUGAUUAUUGUAAUGGAGCUUAAUAAUGGAUCUUAAUAUGUGUUCAGAAAAUAACAUAAUUUGAUGUGUGUGUGUGUGUGUGUGUGUGUGUGUGUGUGUGUCUCAUUAAUGGCACGUUCUUUUUGCUUUUAGCUUGAAAUAUUG